AUGCCUUUCUGGACCCAGCUCAAGCUGCUGCUUUGGAAGAAUUUCACUUAUCGCCGGAGACAACCGAUUCAGCUCCUCGUUGAGCUGCUGUGGCCCCUCUUUCUCUUCUUCAUCUUGGUAGCUGUUCGCCACUCCCACCCCCCAUUCGAACACCAUGAAUGCCACUUCCCCAACAAGCCGCUGCCAUCGGCGGGCACGGUGCCCUGGCUCCAGGGCCUCAUCUGUAACAUGAACAACACCUGCUUUGCGCAGCCAACUCCCGGGGAGGAAUCCGGGAUUCUGAGCAACUUCAAUGACUCACUGGUCUCCCGGCUCCUGGUUGAAGUACGUACUAUCCUGGGGGGACCCAGUGCCCAUAGGGCACUGGCUGGCCUGAGGAAGCUGCUGCCCACUCUGAGGGCGGCACGCACGACAGGUGAGCCUCAACUUCACCAUCAGCCACAGAAGGAACCCUCCACACCAUUGGCCAAGCAGGCCAUUGAGCUGUUGGAGGCCUUGCUUCAAGGAGUGAGACUGGACAAGGCAGGCCCAGGGAGUCCUCCAUUGGACUUGCUGGGGUCUGCGCUGAGCCAAGCCCAAGAGACUGUGGGUGGCUUUCUGGAGGUUAUAGGAAACCUGACCCAGGAGCUGCUGACGCUGCCCAGCCUGGCUGAUCUGCGGGCACUGCUACAGAGAUCCCAAGAAACCAGCAGCCCCCUGAAGGUGGUAUUGGAAGCCCUGUGUGGUCCCAGGGGGCCCAGUGGCUCAGGGGUACCCUCCCUCAACUGGUAUGAGGACAGCGACCUCAGGGAGUUCGUGGGGCGUGAGCUGGCACCAACCCCGGUGGACAGUGGCUUAAGCCCCGCCUGUGCUGAGUUGGUUAGGACCCUGGAUACCCAUCCACUGUUCCGUCUGCUAUGGAGGCGCUUGAAGCCAUUGGUCCUUGGAAAAGUGUUGUUCACGCCUGACACACCCUUCACCAGGCAAUUUAUGGCCCAGGUAAACAAGACCUUCCAGGAGCUGGCUCUGCUGAAAGACAUCCAAGAGGUGUGGCAGAUGCUGGGACCCCAAAUUUUCAACUUCAUGAACAACAGUGCCAAUGUAGCCAUGCUGCAGCGGCUCCUGCAGAUGCAAGACACAGGACAGAGUCAGCCAGGACCCCAAAACCUGGGCCGGGCUGAAGCCCUCCGAGACUUCCUGGACCCCCACAGGGGUGGUUACAGCUGGCGAGAGGCCCACACUGAUAUGGGGCGUUUGGUGGGCACACUGGGUCGCAUGAUGGAGUGCAUUUCACUGGACAAGCUGGAGCCCGUGCCCUCGGAACCUGAGCUGGUGAAGCGGGCCCUGCAAUUGCUGGCCGAUCGCCACUUCUGGGCCGGCAUCGUCUUCCUGGGGCCAGAGGACCCCCUAGACACCUCCGAGUCCCCUGCCCCAGACUCUGGUCAUGGCCAUCUGCGUGUCAAGAUCCGCAUGGACAUCGACGAUGUCACGAGGACCAAUAAAAUCAGGGACAGGUUUUGGGACCCUGGCCCGGCUGCUGACCCCCUGACCGACCUGCGCUACGUGUGGGGUGGCUUCGUGUACCUGCAGGAUUUGUUGGAACGUGCGGCUGUGCGGGUGCUCAGCGGCACGGCUCCCCGUGCUGGCCUUUACCUGCAGCAGAUGCCAUACCCGUGCUUUGUAGACGACGUGUUCCUGCGUGUGCUGAGCCGGUCACUGCCGCUUUUUCUGACGCUGGCCUGGAUCUACUCGGUGGCGCUGACGGUGAAGGCAGUGGUGCGUGAGAAGGAGACGCGGCUGAGGGACACGAUGCGCGCCAUGGGGCUGGGCCGUGCAGUGCUCUGGCUUGGCUGGUUCCUCAGCUGCCUCGGACCUUUCCUUCUCAGCGCCUUGCUGCUGGUGCUGGUGCUCAAGCUCGGGGACAUCCUCCCCUACAGCCACCCAACCGUCGUCUUCCUGUUCCUGGCGGCCUUUGCUGUGGCCACUGUGGUUCAGAGCUUCCUGCUGAGCGCCUUCUUCUCAAGUGCCAACCUGGCGGCCGCCUGCGGAGGCCUCAUCUAUUUUGCCCUCUACUUACCCUACGCGCUGUGUGUGGCCUGGCGGGACCGUCUGCCUGCGGGCGGCCGUGUGGCCGUGAGCCUGCUGUCGCCUGUGGCCUUCGGUUUUGGCUGUGAGAGCCUAGCACUGCUGGAGGAGCAGGGCGAGGGCGCACAGUGGCACAAUGUGGGUGCCGAGCCCGCCCCCGACGUCUUCAGCCUGGCCCAAGUCUCAGGCAUGCUGCUCCUAGAUGCCGUGCUCUACGGCCUGAUCACGUGGUACCUAGAAGCUGUGUGCCCAGGUCAGUAUGGGAUCCCGGAACCAUGGAACUUCCCUUUUCAGAGGAGCUACUGGUGUGGGUCUCCGCCGUCCAAAGACCCCGCUGAGACCUCCCUUACGCAGGACCCAGAGGUGUUGGUGGAAGAGGCACCGCUCGGCCUGCAUCCUGGUGUAUCCGUGCGCCGUCUGGAGAAACGCUUUCCCGGCAACCCGCAGCCCGCCUUGCGUGGGCUCAGCCUGGAUUUCUAUCAGGGUCACAUCACUGCUUUCCUGGGCCACAACGGAGCUGGCAAGACCACCACGCUGUCUAUCCUGAGUGGCCUCUUCCCACCCAGUGGAGGGUCCGCCUUCAUCCUGGGCUAUGACGUCCGUUCCGACAUGGCAGCCAUCCGGCCCCACCUGGGCAUCUGCCCACAGUACAAUGUGCUGUUUGACCUACUCACUGUGGAUGAACACAUCUGGUUCUACGGACAAUUGAAGGGCCUCACUGCAGCUGCUGUAGGCCCCGAGCAGGACCGGCUGCUGCAGGACGUGGGGCUCACUCCCAAGCGCUGGACACAGACACGCCACCUCUCUGGUGGGAUGCAGAGGAAGCUAUCCGUGGCCAUCGCCUUUGUGGGGGGCUCCCAUGUCGUUAUCCUGGAUGAACCCACAGCUGGGGUGGACCCUGCUUCCCGCCGCAGCAUUUGGGAACUGUUGCUCAAAUACCGUGAAGGCCGUACACUGAUCCUCUCCACCCACCACCUGGAUGAGGCGGAGCUCCUGGGAGACCGUGUCGCUGUGGUGACAAGUGGCCGCUUGUGUUGCUGUGGCUCCCCGCUCUUCCUGCGCCGUCACCUGGGCUCCGGUUACUACCUGACCUUAGUGAAGGCUGCCCCGUCCCUGGCUGCUAACAGGAAGGGAGAGGCUGACUUGGAGCACAGUGUGGACACCAGGCUGGAGGGAGAGCAGGAUAGAGAGGGAGGCAAGGUCUCCAAUCCACAGGGCUCUGAUGCGUCCCCUACCUGCCUAGACGUGGCCCAGCUGCUAAGCCUGGUGCAGUACCUGGUGCCCGGGGCUCAGCUGGUGGAAGAACUGCCGCAUGAGCUGGUGGUGGCCCUGCCCUAUGCGGGCGCCCUGGACGGCAGCUUUGCCAAACUCUUCCAAGAGCUGGACAGGCAGCUGGGAGACCUUGGCCUCAGCGGCUACGGGAUCUCAAACACCAGCCUCGAGGAGAUCUUCCUGAAGGUGGUUGAGGACUGCACUGCAAACACAGACAAAGAGGAUGGUAUACUCAGGCAGCCGGCAGGCACGGGCUCUGCGGCUCCAUUCAGGACCAGGAGACUCACGGUGCUGCCUGAGGAAGCCAUGGAGAAUGGGGAACCAGUCUGGUCAGCCGCAGAGACACAGGCCCCACAGGACUGCAGCUUGGACACCUCAGGCCGGGUACAGGGCUGGGCGUUGACCCGCCAGCAGCUCUGGGCCCUACUACUUAAGCGUUUUCUCUUGGCCCGCCGCAGUCGCCGGGGCCUGUUUGCACAGAUCGUGCUGCCCGCCCUCUUCGUGGGCCUGGCCCUGGUGUUCAGCCUCAUCAUACCACCUUUUGGGUACUACCCUGCCUUGCGGCUCAGUCCAGACAUGUAUGGGACCCAGGUGUCCUUCUUCAGUGAGGAGGCCCCAGGGGACCCUGGACAUGCCCGUCUGCUGGAGGCGCUGCUGGGAGAGGCAGGGCUGGAGGAGCUAGACCUGCAGAACAGUUCUGACACAUUUUUGGUGCCGGAAGUGCCUGCUGAGGUGGCUGAGGUCUUGGCCAGUGGCAACUGGACCCCUGAGUCUCCAUCUCCAGCUUGCCAGUGUAGCCGGCCUGGUGCCCGCCGCCUACUACCCGACUGCCCGCUUGCAGCUGGCGGGCCCCCACCGCCCCAGGUACUGACGGGCUCGGGUGAGGUGGUGCAGAACCUGACCGGCCGGAACCUGUCCGACUUCUUGGUCAAGACCUACCCACGCCUGGUGCGCCAGGGCCUGAAGACAAAGAAAUGGGUGAAUGAGGUCAGGUAUGGGGGCUUCUCACUGGGUGGCCAAGAUCCAGGCCUGCCUUCAGGGCAGGAUGUGGGCCGCUCAGUACAAGAGCUGCGGGCGCUUCUGAACCCCCCACCCGGGGGCGCCCUGGACCGUGUCCUGAACAACCUCACAGCCUGGGCUCACAGCCUGGAUACUCAGGACAGCCUCAAGGUCUGGUUCAACAACAAAGGCUGGCAUGCCAUGGUGGCCUUUGUCAACAGAGCCAACAAUGCUCUUCUACAUGCCAGACUGCCACCUGGCUCUGCCCGCCAUGCCUACAGUAUCACCACACUCAACCACCCGCUGAACCUCACCAAGGAGCAACUGUCUGAGGCUGCACUAAUGGCUUCCUCGGUAGAUGUCCUUGUCUCCAUCUGUGUGGUCUUUGCCAUGUCCUUUGUCCCAGCCAGCUUCACACUCGUCCUGAUCGAAGAGCGUGUCACCCGAGCCAAAUACCUGCAGCUUGUGGGAGGCCUGCCUCCGGCCCUCUACUGGCUCGGCAACUUUCUCUGGGACAUGUGUAACUACUUGGUGUCGGCAUGCAUUGUGGUGCUCAUCUUCCUGGCCUUCCAGCAGAAGGCAUACGUAGCUCCUGCCAACCUGCCUGCCCUCCUCCUUCUCUUGCUGUUGUAUGGCUGGUCGAUCACACCACUCAUGUAUCCAGCUUCCUUCUUCUUCUCCGUGCCCAGCACGGCUUAUGUAGUGCUCACCUGCAUCAACCUCUUCAUUGGUAUCAACGGCAGCAUGUCCACCUUUGUGCUUGAACUCUUCUCUGACCAGAAGCUUCAGGAGGUGAGCCAAAUCCUGAAACGGGUUUUCCUUAUCUUCCCCCACUUCUGCCUGGGCCGGGGGCUCAUCGACAUGGUGCGGAACCAGGCCAUGGCUGAUACCUUUGAGCGCCUGGGAGACGGGCAGUUUCAGUCACCUCUGCGCUGGGAGGUGGUCGGCAAGAACCUUUUGGCCAUGGCAUUGCAGGGCCCCCUCUUCCUUCUCUUCACCCUCCUGCUGCAGUACCGCCAUCAUCUCCUGCCACAACCCAAGCUGCGGCCACUGCUGCCUCUGGGGGAGGAAGAUGAAGACGUGGCCCAUGAGCGAGAGCGGGUGGUCCGAGGGGCCACCCAGGGUGAUGUACUUGUGCUGAGGGACCUGACCAAGAUAUAUCGAGGCCAGAGGAUGCCGGCUGUCGACCGCCUUUGCCUGGGAAUUCCCCCUGGUGAGUGCUUUGGGUUGCUGGGUGUUAACGGAGCAGGAAAAACAUCCACAUUUCGCAUGAUGACUGGGGACACACUGCCCAGCGGAGGCGAGGCUGUGCUGGCUGGCCACAGUGUGGCUCAGGCAUCGGCUGCAGCGCACCGCCACAUGGGUUACUGCCCGCAGUCUGAUGCUGUCUUUGAACUGCUGACCGGCCGGGAGCAUCUGGAGCUGUUUGCGCGCCUGCGUGGUGUCCCGGAGGCCCAGGUAGCCCAGACGGCGCGUGCAGGCCUGGCUCGCCUGGGGCUUGUGCUCUAUGCCGAUCGGCCUGCAGGCACCUACAGUGGCGGCAACAAACGGAAGUUGGCAACCGCAGUGGCACUGGUUGGGGACCCAGCCGUCAUCUUUCUGGAUGAGCCAACCACGGGAAUGGAUCCCAGGGCGCGGCGCUUCCUUUGGAACAGCCUCCUGUCCGUGGUGCGCGAGGGCCGCUCCGUGGUGCUCACUUCACACAGCAUGGAGGAGUGUGAGGCUCUCUGCACGCGCCUGGCCAUCAUGACAAACGGGCGCUUCCGCUGUCUGGGCAGUGCGCAGCACCUCAAGGGCAGGUUCGGGGCUGGCCACACACUAAUCUUACGGGUGCCGGCGAUGCGGCCGGAGCCGGCGACCCAGUUUGUGGCGGCCGCCUUCCCAGGGGCUGAGCUGCGGGAGGCGCACGGUGGGCUUCUGCGUUUCCAGUUGCUACCGGGUGGGCUUUGCACCCUAGCUCACGUCUUUGGUGAGCUGGCGGCACACGGCAAGGAGCACAGCGUGGAAGACUUUUCCGUGAGCCAGACCACGCUGGAGGAGGUAUUUCUGUACUUCUCCAAAGACCAAGGGAAGGAGGAGGACGAAGAGGACGCUUUAUAGAAGGAGGCAAGCUUAUGGGUGGACCUCGCACCCAAACGCAUCAGCUGUUUUCGGGAGGACCCCAGUGCUGCGGAGACUGUACUCUGA